AUGCCAGCACAUGAGCGGAUCGUGAAGCUGCAUGCCGCCGUCAUCGACUACGGUUACAGUUACGGCAGCAGUCCGGCGGUCCUCUUCGUGAUGGAGCGCCUCACUCGAGACCUCUUCAUCGCACUGCGUCAGGCCAGUCUCUCAUGGUUGGCUCGACUACGCGUAGCGCUCGACGUUGGCGAGGCGAUCCGUUACCUUCACGGCCAAGGCAUGAUCCAUCGUGACAUCAAACCGCGCAACGUACUGCUCGACGCCGCGGACAGAGCCAAGCUGACCGAUCUCGGCUUCUGCAAACCCCAAGCCAUGAUCAAUGGCAGUAUUCUGGGUAAGUGA